AUAGUUCUCCAAAAGUGAGAGGGAAAAAGAGGGGUGAGUAUGAAUACUCAGUGAAGCGAUUCUAGACCAGUCUCCCCCAUGAGCUUUUAUACUGCUCAAUGCGAAACGAGAACCGACUAGUCACUACACCCAAUUCUUAAUUAGUUAUUUAAGUUUCAUUACACGAAAACAAGCAAUGUGAUGAACUCAGUCAUCGCUCAAUCCACACAUUUCGGUUUAUUAUUUAAGACACCAUUCAUCCUAUAACUCUAGGACCUACACAGCUCAAGCGGACCAACCCUCCCCUUUUCUUGCUGCGUUCCUGUGGAGCCGCCUGCCCUGGUACACUCGGCAUUCGGUUCCCUUGGAUGUAGUAUAUACCCUUUGCAGUGUAUUACGGCCCCUUCCCGCCAAGACUCGGCGUGACUCAAUCUUACCGGCACCUCUAUUCUUAACCUGCCGUUUUUGAACGCUACGGCCGCCGCGUUUUCCCAUACUCCCCACCAGUCCAUCGGUGGUUCGUAUUCCAUUUCUAUUCAUUUCUCAUACUCCCCACCAGUUCCUCGGUGGUUCGUAUUUCGAUCAAUUAACCUUUCUUUUUCUUAUCAUUUCCUUUUCCUUAUCAUUUCCUUUUUCCUUAUCAUUUCCUUUUUCCUUAACUCUUAGACUCUUUCUUGCUUUCCGUUUUAGACGCCACCCGUUCUCGGCGUCACACUCAAUCCAUUUAACAAUCAGUCAUGAAUAUCCUAACAUUCAUCUAACCAGACCGGUUAACAGUUCUCUUAAGUUCCUAAGUUCAUUUCCUUUCUAACCAUCAUAGCUCUCAAUCACAAACAACAGAUCUUCAAUCAACCAAUCACUCAAUCAACAAUCAACCAGUUCGUUUAGAGCCUUAAAUCAGAAUGAGAGUUCUUAUGCAUUAUGAUCUAUCAACCUAACAACAAACAUGAUCUACUCAAUCCUAGAUCCACAUUCAACAAUAUAGAAGAACAUGAAAGAGAUCUGGGUAGAACACCUCACCUUAGCCUAGAUCUGGUUCUGGAUCUGAGAUGUGAGGCGAGAGAAGUGAGAGUUGAGAACACGGACACCACACGACCACCACCACCACUCGCGGUUGCUCACGGCGAGGAGAGAGAGAGUCGUCCGAGAGAGAGAAAGAGGCGCGGCGAGGAGAGAGAGAGAGAAGAGCCGCGGCGAAGAGAGAGAAAGAGAAGAGGCGGCGCGGAAGAGAGAGAGAGUCGACGGCUAGGGCUUCUGAUCUCCGGGAGUUCUCUGCAGGGCUUCGCUUCUAAGUUUCUGAUGAGGGACUAGAAGGGUGGGAGCUUGCUUUUAUAGGGGAGGCAAGAAAACCCUAGGGGUUUUAAUCAAAAUGGGCCGCAGAGCGGGCCUUUACACAAAACUUUUUGGGUUUUGGGUUUUGGGGUGUUACAGUUUAUAUGCUAUUUGACGUUAGUGUGUUUUGUUGUAGUUGGAUUGAAGCAGGGGUGGGCGUUUGAAUAUCUAUUCGAGUUUGGUUCGGAUCUAUCUAGACUUCAAAGUUUUCGGAAGUAAAAAUUUUAUUGGAGAAUUUAUAUAAAUGGUUUGCAGCACUCAGUAAUGAUUGAAGCCAUUGAGAUUUCAAAGAGAGAUUAGUGUGUAGUCGUGUCGUACCCAUCCAGAAGUUGGAGCCGCGUGAUGUUGUAUGGAGAAGAGGCUUCACGUGAAACAGAAAGCGCUCUAAAGAUGUCUUUGUUGCUUGUGUUCUGUUGGGGAUGGCUGUUUGUUUCAUACCCUAAAACAAACUCACAUAUAGUCAUUUCAUUUUAUCUUAACAUGGAAGAAGAAAAGGUUUCUUAAACUAACCUUAGUUUCAGAACAUAGAGUCUUUAAUUCCUGUAGCCUUUUGGAGAUCUUUGACCUAAUUCAAAUGCCAGUGGUGGAAAUUUCAGUGGACAGAGAGAUCAGUAAGAGAAAAGGCGAAGAACACCAACUUACCAGCUGGAUGUAAUUCGUUAUGAUCUUGAAAAUAAGCUUCCAGGAAAUCAAAAACUGCGCAUUUGUUGUUUCAAAUCUCAAAUAAGCCAACAAAAAGUAAUUCAACUCUUGUGUGAAAUGAUGGAAGAGAUUAUGCCUUUUAGAAAUGAGUCCACACUCCACAUACUUCCCAUUUUUACUUGAUAGCCAUUCCAUGGAACCUCUUUAAGUCAUUAUAACACCAUUAUCAUUGCAUUCCAUAAUGACAGUUUUUGCACACGCAAUUUGCCUAUGCUAAUGGUACAUGUUAAGGAAAAUCCAUCACCUUUUCAUGCGAGCGACACAAGUUGACUAAAGACAGUAUCACAUUUACAGUCUUCUGAAUGUUUUUCAAGUGUGCUUCAGAUUGGCAGUUUUGCCGUUUCUCUGAGCUAACAGCCUUCACCUAAUCAAGAUACACAUGGUAGAACAAAAGAUUUUAGAGGACGUAUUCUGGAUUUAUAUAGUCUGGGCUGGUCUUUGUAACAUUUUGUCUUAUGUUUAAAUAGAAUAUCCCCUAACAAAUAAAAAUAUAUUCUUUUCAAAUACUUGGUUCUCAAAACAUUUCUCUUGAAUAGUAUAUGAACAAAGAAAAUAGUUUUGUUAGCAAAACCCCCCUUGAAUAGGAUGAAAUUUUUUAAUUGUAAUUUGUAAAAUUUGAGAAAAUGCAUGAUCUGAUCACUUUAUUUUAUUUCUCUAGUUGUAUAACCAUAUGGAUUCUAAAAGACCACAAUGUCUCAAAACAUUUUUGGACCAUGUGGCAAAAAUGUACCAUUUAGAGAAGCUCAUCAUUGACCGAGAAGGUUUUUACCAAGAAACAAUAUCAUCAUUUACUUACAAAGGUACUAUCAGUCCUACACUUACCACAAAUUUUUUUUUUUGAAUUACCAAAAGGUUCGAGCAGAAUCCCAAAUCCCCCGGAACCGAAACUACGUCAUGUAAUAUUAGUUUCUCCCAGCUGUCACUCGAAAAUACAAUAUAUUUUUUCUCUAAUAUAGCAUGUUUUAUAUUGAAAUUAAAUUUUGCAUACUUGUAAAAAUAUAUUGCUUCGUGAAUGAAAAUAAAUCUCUCCUUUCUCCAAAAGCUUACAUCAAUUUUACAUACGAUCUAACUGAUUCAUGCAUGCAUGUAUAACCCCAUUUUAUAGAACAUAAUCCAUAUGACCAAAAUAUAUUGUGCAUGUUUUAGAUAGGGAGAAUCAUGUGUCAUAUAUAGCUUUAAAUUGUAGUUAGAGAUUAUUAAUAUAGUACACUUCUAAUGUAAAAGGCGGGGGGGGGGGGGGGGGGGGGGGGGGGGAGGGGGGGGGAGAGGAAAUAUAAUCAAUUGCUCAUAUGCUCUUAACUGAAGAAAAAAAUUCUCAAAUAUUUCUCAUCUAUAAUUCUUUUUAUUUUUAUUUGUUUUUCAUUCGAAAUCUGAUUAAAAAUCCAAUAUACCCUUAGUGAAUUCCUUUUUUUUACAGCAUGCUAUGCUUUUAUACCUAAUUUUCUUUCUUAUCUUUACCGAUCUAAAUUUUGUUUCCAUUUUUCAUCUUCUUCUUUUUUUUCUAUCUUGUCUUUCAUUCUUCAAUCCAGAUCUCUUCUUCUUUGAAUAUCCUUUCUUUUUUUCUAUGAAUUAUAUGUUUCUUCUUCUUUUUUAGUAUGUUUUUCCUUUUCUUUUUCAACAAAUAUAUUUUUUUUUCGAAUCUCUUCUACAUUUUUAUGAAUUCUUCAUUCUUUUUUAUUUCUUCUUCUAUUUCGAUCAAUUUUCCUCUUUUUGAUUUGUUGUUCUUUCUUCGCGAUUUAGGGUUUUUCUUUGAUUUCUUUUUAUUUGAUUUUCUCUCGCUACAGAUCUGGCACAAGAAUAUGUGAAAAUUUUAAAAAUAAAAAUUCAACCCACAAACAAAGUUUUACCAAGUUGUACUUUGACAAUUGUACAAUUUAGUAAAACUUUGUAUACCUAGUUUAACCAAGUUGAACAAUCAUGUAAGUACAACUUGGUAAAACUGUAGAACUUGAAAAUUGUAAAACUGUAAAACUUGGUAAAAUUUAGAAUAUGGUAAAGCUGUAGACUUUGGUAAGAAAAAUUUACGCUCUAGCAUACUUUAUCUUUUCUCCAUAACAUUCUAACAUACUUUCUCCAUGUGAUAUACUUUCUUAUGUGCUAUUGUCUUAUUUACCCCCGAAACUAGAAAUUAUUUAGUUACCUUUUCUUUCUCUUUAUUUUUCUUUUAUCGUGACCCAACAUCUUAUUCUCUGACCUAGAUCCCCUUCAUUUUAUUGUUCUAGCGGAAUUGCGAAGGCAGCCACCUCCUCCUUCUCGACGAAAACACAAUCUUCUGUCAAUGUUUCACCGGUGUUAAUCGUUGAUUAUAUAAAUCAUAAUGAAGAGUAUGACCUCUCUUACUUGAUUUUAAUUUCCUCAUCCCAUGAUUAUGGCUAUUGUUGACAACUAGAUCUCCUUCUAUGGUUAUGCAGAAACCGGAGAAAGUUUUCGUCAAGAUACGAUGUAUUGUUUGCAGGAUACCACUUCUACUCACCCAGAAAACCCUGACCACAUCAAGAACUCAAUUCAGGAUAUCGAACCUACUUCUCCACUUAGCAGCUAGUUCAACACUGAGCAGUUUUCAAACAACCCUCGGUCUAGCCUACUAACCACCGACCACAUCUUGCUUGACCACCCAGACGAAAUCAUCACCAGCGAUCAUCCGAUCACUGCAUACAACCCAGUGUGUCAGCCCUCCGCAUACCCGAUACAUUUUUCACCCGACCACGAUUCUCCCACCCACACUUCACCCAACCACACUUCUACACAACACAACUCUCCUGGCCAGGCCUCCGCUGCAAACAUGUCCACUGACCACAACUCGCCCAACCACACUUUCCAUCUCUUGACCAUGCGGACCUGCACACCGAGCAAGGAAUAGUCAGAGACCAAUAGCACAAUUACUUAGAGAUACCAGUUUAUGUUGAAUCUAGGUUUCGAAUCCUUACCACACCUUCACUGAACAGAUAUUGUGUUCUUUCCCAACGAGAAAGAAAGCCAGCAAUUACUUCAUCUAAGUUAUCACUUUUAGAUAGUAGGUUUCUACUUGAUGUAACACCAACCAUCCGAUUCGUUUUAAAAUAACUUAAUCUGAUGGUUCACAACAUAUCUCAUAUUUAUUAAUAAACCUAAUAAUUUAUUGCAAGCAGAGGAAUAAUGCAAGUAUGGUCGCUUUCAUACUUUAAACUUGAACAGACUGUGAGAUUUGGUUGAAAAGUAAACGUAACAUUUAGUAAAAAUUCGUUCACGAGAAGGGUAUUUAUGGAAGUGAAAAAUCAAAAGUAAGUCAAAUAGUACACCUCAAGUGUAAAGUACCUAAAUAUGUUAAAGGUCCAUGACAAAGUAACCCAUCAUGUAACUCUCUCCUUUGGUAAACUUUGGUAUCGAUUAUUGAAAUCUAAAAAUUUUGAAAUUUGAAAUUUGAUUGGGAGGAAAAAAUAAAGGCAAAAUCAGAAUUGUUUUAUUUCAUUAAAAAUAAGAGUACAUGAGAAUGAGUAAGAGUACAAAUUUUUUUUUUGGCUCAUUAAAAGCAUUUGAGAUUAUAUCUAGAAGAAUAGUUAUCUUUGUGCUCACCCACCACAUGGCUGAGUUGUGCAAAUUAAAAUAAACUACCUAUAUAUAUAUAUCCGUUGUAUAGAAUGAAAACUUAUUUAGGUAACGUGAUGCACGUGGGCAAACGGAAGGAGACAAGAUACAACAUAUUACAUUGGUUAUGGUUUGGGAAGUGAAUAUAUGAUAUAAGUAAAUAUGGCUAUAUAUGUGCUUUUAUUGUAGCUUAUAGAGCUUAGCUUGUAUCCGGAUUUGGAGAGAAUUAAAUAAUGAUGUUUUCGUUAGCAAAAUAUCGCUUAAAGUCUUAUGGCUUUCUUGAAUUUUUGUCUUCAAGAAAUUGAUAGAAGUGUUCCAAAAUUAGGACUGUUAAAAUUCGAUUUGUGCACAAUAAUGUUAUAAAAUAGGAUGAUGAAUAUGAUUGCAUUUGAAAAUGAUGUUCUGGAAAAUGUCAAAUAUGAUAAUAAAGUCAAAACUUCAGAAAAAAAAGUCAAGGAUAAAUUUUUUACGAUAUUACACCAAAAUUUGUGUCACUAAUUGCGUGACGAAUUGUUGUGUAGUGUGUAUUGAGCUCUAUGGCAUAACUCUAGUUGUCUAAUUUAAUCUCGGUGUUAAGAUGCAAUGUUAAUUAAUUUUUCAGUUUGGGGACAAGACAUGAAUGGUCGGGUGCUUAAAGUCGCUCGGAUAAAUCUACGCGGUUCAAUCUUAAAUGAGGAAACAAUGAAUGCAUAGGAUCGAAGGCUGGUGGACCCAUAAACAUAAAACACGCCUCAAAAACCCCAAACAAACAACUACCAGUGGUCCAUUCACAUGAGAUUUCUGUUGUUAGAAUCUAAAUAUAACGAUAAUUUAUGCCACAUGAUUGUCACCGAUUGAAUUUGAUCGCUAGCCUUUAGCUAGAAAAUGAAGCGUUAGUCUGACAGUGCUCUAACACCUAGCACAUAGGAUAUUAAUCGCUAUUUAAAUAAAUAUACAGUUUUCGAUGAUUUAUUUGUAGUUCAAGAAAAUAUAUUAACCAAAUAAUACACAAAUAAAAAAUAUACAUUCAAAAAUAAAACAACUAUAAAAUGAAUAUUUUUGAGAUCCUAUAUCUUAUUAUUUAUAAGAUAACUAACAGUUGGUUUAUCAUUCGAAUUUACACCCAAAAAAAAACUCUUAGAGAUAUCAAAUAUAUUUAGGAAUUUAGAUAAAUAAUGUCAUACAUGAUUCACCAUUUAUGUUCUUCAAAACAAUUAUGGGAAUUGAAAAUUUAAUUUCUUUGGAGAAACUCUUCAAAAAUAAAUAAUUUAUGUUUGAAAAUACUGAUGACAUGAAAAGGUUAAAAAAUAUAUUUAUUUUCUCAUGUAAAUGCAUAUACUUUGUUCAGAACUGACAAGCCAUACAAAUGAUUGAUGAAUUUCAGUUUUUCAAAACUGAUUGUGUUAAUGGUGUGUUAUUCAUAAUACUGGCAUGUAAUUUGCAACAUGAACCAAAAAGAUAGAAUAUUGUUUGUUGGGUAGAAAACAAUAAGAGGCUGUUUAAAGAAGACCUUAUUUCAUAUUUGUCAGAUCUUGUGUUCAUCGCACAAGUCAUAUCAGCUUUGCGCGUGUGAUUAUAAAAAUUGUUCGUAGUUCAUACGCGAAAUGUUUGACUAUUGCUCUCUACUCUCUUUACUCCAACUUAUAUUUAUAAUAUUUAAAAUAUAUUAUGUUUAUAACUUGCGUAAUUAAUAUUUAUUCUACUUGCUAUAUAGCGCACAUGCGCCUCUCUUACAAUACUAAAACUCCAAAAAUGGAAAAAGGACAAAAGACGAAGGUGUGUUCUACUGAUAAAGAGACCCCCACCCUACGUGUCCAAUCCAGAUAUUUCAAUGUUUUACGUGGUUUAAAUAAUAUAUUGUACAUUGACGUGAUUUCAAAAUUAAAUAUAGAAAUUGACAGAUUGUCUGAUAUAUCUUGGGCUAACCGAUUGGAGCCUAAGGUUUCACACUAAACUGUUAGAGCAUUUGAAGACUUUUUGUCACUAUUACAUUUAGCAAUUAGUUGGUGAAAGUGAUCGAUUUCACAUAUUGGGUCCAAAGAUAAACGAUUUCUCAUGAUCAAUCUCGCUAAAUUGUGUUUGAACGCGUUUUUUUACAUCGUGCUAGGAACUAGACUGGACCUAGAAACCAAGUAUUCUUCGUUUCAUUAACCGGCUUUAUAAAUCUUAAUACAACAUCUUAAACUUUUCUUUUCAAUUUAACUAAAUAAUUAUGGUUUCAUUUUUGUUAAACGAAAGAAGUUUGUGGUGAAAUCCAGCAAAAACUCGUUGGAUUAGUAUGUGGUAAAUGUGAUAACCUAUAAAAUGAUAUUUUUGAAUGUGUUUUGGAUUAUUACAAAAAGCUGAUAAAUGUUGAUAAAAUAAUAAGAUAACAUUUUUGCUUUAAAACAAAAAGACCACUUAUAACCUAGGGAUCUAUUAACCGUAAUAAUUAAUUCAUCCUUUUUCCGUUGGUCAACUGCGUAAUUUAUCAACUAGAUUAAGGGAAAAACAAAUAUUCUUUUGGUGACAAAAAAAAAUACAGGUACGUUGUGUUUUAGCUUUUUACCUUUUAAGGAUUAUAAUAUACAUCCAUACAUUUAUAUCACUUUCAGUUAUUCAUUCAAAAAAGCAGCCGGAGAAACUCUACAAGACUAUAGCCAAAAAGGAAUAAGGGACGCAUGCUAAAUGCCGAUAAUGUUUGACCAGAAAAUGGUCAAGAAACGUUAUGAAACAACAUAAAAUAAAAUUCAACAAAUAUAAUAAAUUAAAAGAGAGAUGAGACUUUCGUUGGUCCAAGUCUGACAUUCUUCUACACCCGAACCUAGAAAACAUCUAUAAAUACCUCAUUUGGUUGAUUCCCAUGUUUCAUCUGCAUACAUUCUGAAUACAACAUCCAGUAUUCCACCAAAGAAACACUUACGCAUAUAUCUAUUCCUACAUAUUUGGAGAGAUAUACGAGAUGGAUCAACUGCUUGUCAUGUCUCGAUUUGGGUACAUGUUCAUCAAUGUUUUGGUCCUAGUUCUCAGCCUUAUGUUCUUGAAGCUCCUUCUGCGUUGUUGGAUAUUGCCGGUUCGAGCUCAAAAGAAACUUAGAGAAAACGGAUUUUCCGGUCCACCUCCUAGUUUUCCAUUAGGAAAUCUUAAUGACAUGAAGAAGCUAAAGACGGCCAUGGUAAUGGUGGAGAAGAGCAAAUCGUCCACCAUAAUCAACCAUGACAUACAUUCCACCGCACUUCCACAUUUUGCUCUUUGGCAACAACAGUAUGGGAAAGUAUUUGUGUACUGGUUAGGCAUAGAGCCGUUCGUGUACGUAGCCGAUCCUGAAUUCUUGAGUAUUAUGUCGAAAGGUGUAUUGGGGAAGAGUUGGGGAAAGCCAAAUGUUUUCAAGAAAGACAGAGAGCCAAUGUUUGGUACCGGUUUGGUUAUGGUGGAAGGCGAUGAUUGGACACGACAUCGCCACAUCAUUACUCCUGCAUUUGCCCCUAUUAAUCUUAAGGCCAUGACAAGUAUGAUGGUGGAAUCAAUCUCCAAUAUGUUGGACCGAUGGGCCAUACAGAUAAACUCAGGCAAUCACGAAUUUGACAUGGAGAACGAGAUCAUAGGAACAGCCGGUGAGAUAAUUGCUAAGACAAGCUUCGGAGUCAAGGGAGAAAACGGAGCUCAAGUCCUCAAAAACCUAAGAGCCGUGCAAUUCGCUCUCUUCAACUCAAAUCGCUACGUAGGGGUACCUUUUAGCAACAUUUUGGCCUACAAGCAAACCCUCAAAGCUAGAGAGUUAGGCAAAGAGAUCGAUGGUCUCCUUUUGUCGAUCAUAAACGAACGAAAGAGAUCUUUGGUCGAAGGAGACGACCACCAUGAUCUUCUCGGAAUGUUGCUUAAGGCCGAUAAAGGGAAGUUUACGGCUACAGAGCUUGUAGACGAGUGCAAAACGUUCUUCUUCGCGGGUCACGAGACAACGGCUUUGGCGCUGACGUGGACGUUUAUGCUUCUUGCGAUCCAUCCCGAGUGGCAAGACACGCUUAGAGACGAGAUAAGACAAGUCAUCGGAGAUUCCGAGAUUGAGUAUAACAAACUUGCCGGACUAAAGAAGAUGAGUUGGGUGAUGAACGAAGUUCUCCGGCUAUAUCCGCCGGCUCCAAACGCACAACGACAAGCCAGGAAAGACAUUGAGGUGAACGGCAGAGUGAUUCCAAACGGUACGAACAUUUGGAUUGAUGUGGUGGCGAUGCACCACGACCCCGAGUUGUGGGGAGACGACGUCAACGAGUUUAAGCCGGAGAGAUUUGACGGCAGUUUGCACGGUGGUUGUAAGAAUAAGAUGGGGUUUAUGCCGUUUGGAUUCGGAGGGAGAAUGUGUAUUGGUCGGAACCUGACCACCAUGGAGUACAAGAUUGUCUUGUCGUUGGUUUUGUCACGGUUUGAGAUCUCGGUUUCUCCAGGUUAUCGCCAUUCGCCGAAGUAUAUGCUCUCUCUUAGACCUGGUUACGGUUUGCCUUUAAUUGUACGACCACUUUAAAAUUGCAAUAACACACAAAUUAAAAAAAAAUUUGUGCUUUUUAAGUUUAGAACCAAAGUUCUCGACUUUUUAAUACUGUACACAUGUGUUUUGAUAUUAAUACUUCGAGUACCAUUGAAUCAGUGAAGUAAUGAUCUUUUUUAUCACACGGACUCAAAAUUAAUAGCUUGAUGGAUUGAAUGGAAGAAUGUGGAGAUGACAAUCAACUCGGUUUAUGGUUGAACCGAUGAAUCAAUGGACAAGUGAUUUUUUUUUUUUUGAACUUUGGCUUGAUGGACAAGUGAUUUAUUAAAAGCUUUUACCCGCAAGACCUAAGGCAUUCUUUUACCAAAAAAAAAGGACCUAAGGCAUUCUCUUUAAUUAAAUUGGUUUUGAUUCUACAACAUAUUCAGAUCCGUAUGAACGCACUAGAAGUGAUUUCAACUAUUCUAAUAAAUAAAACACAAGCAACAAUUUUUUAUCAUCAAAUUUCGUCAAUGAGAGCAUGCUAGAGAGUCUUCAAGAUGGGAAUCCGUAAGGUAACUGGUUAUUUUCGUUGAGGAUUUACCAUUUUGUCAUAUAUUUUGGUUGUUGUUUCUUUUUUUUUUUACAAACUAAAAUCUCAGUUUUUAAGCUAAUUAUAAGCGUGGUGUUUCUUUUUUUUUUUGUAAAAGCUGGAAUUCCCGGAAAAGAGGUGAAACUAUUUUGAUGUUUUUUACCCAAUUAUUCAAUUAAAAGUAAAAAUCAAGUAAAAGAUAAGUAAAAUUAAAGUAAAAGAUAACUACAAAACAGUAAAAUACAAAAAAAAAAA